ACAAUAUCCGUACAUCUGUUGUAGCGCCCUCCUACGGCCGAUACCGGAGUAUACACGUGCAAAAUGGCGGCGUCAACAGCACAAAAAGUGGCGGAGGUGCGGGAAGUGACACGGAUGGAGCGCAUCGGUGCUCACUCCCACAUCCGAGGGCUGGGGUUGGAUGACGCCUUGGACGCCCGCAAAGUCUCCCAGGGCAUGGUGGGGCAGGUGGAGGCCCGACGAGCAGCUGGAGUUAUCCUGGAGAUGAUCAAGGAGGGCAAAAUCGCUGGCAGGGCCGUCUUGAUCGCAGGGCAACCAGGAACGGGGAAAACGGCCAUUGCUAUGGGUAUGGCACAGAGUCUGGGGCAAGACACGCCCUUCACGGCGAUUGCCGGCAGUGAAAUCUUCUCCCUGGAGAUGAGCAAGACAGAGGCCCUGACCCAGGCAUUCAGGAGGUCCAUCGGCAUCAGGAUCAAGGAAGAAACAGAAAUAAUUGAAGGUGAAGUUGUGGAGAUACAGAUUGACCGACCGGCUACUGGACAGGGAGCCAAAGUGGGCAAGUUGACUCUCAAGACCACCGAGAUGGAAACAAUCUAUGACCUGGGCACCAAGAUGAUUGAGAGCUUGACUAAAGAGAAGGUGCAGGCGGGCGACAUCGUGACAAUUGACAAGGCUACAGGAAAGAUCACCAAACUGGGCCGAUCCUUCACAAGAGCACGGGACUAUGACGCCAUGGGACCUCAGACUAAGUUUGUCCAGUGCCCGGAGGGGGAGCUCCAGAAGAGGAAAGAAGUCGUCCACACCGUCACACUGCACGAGAUUGACGUCAUCAACAGCCGCACCCAGGGGUUUCUGGCCUUGUUCUCUGGCGAUACCGGUGAGAUUAAAGGCGAGGUGAGAGAGCAGAUCAACGCCAAAGUGGCUGAGUGGAGGGAAGAAGGCAAAGCCGACAUUGUGCCUGGGGUGCUGUUCAUUGACGAAGUCCACAUGUUGGACAUUGAGUGUUUCUCAUUCUUGAACCGUGCCUUGGAGAACGACAUGGCUCCCGUCGUCAUCAUGGCCACAAACAGAGGCAUCACAAGAAUUCGAGGCACCAGGUACAAGAGUCCCCACGGCAUCCCCAUUGACCUGCUGGACCGCCUGCUCAUCAUCUCCACCUCACCGUACUCCGAGAAAGAACUCAAACAGAUCCUCACCAUCAGAUGUGAGGAGGAGGAUGUUGAGAUGUCAGAGGAUGCCAUCACCGUGCUGACCCGCAUCGGCAUGGAGACGUCGUUAAGAUACAGCAUCCAGCUCAUCACCGCUGCCAACCUGGUCUGCAGAAAGAGAAAGGGAACGGAGGUUGACAUGGAUGAUAUCAAGCGAGUCUACUCUCUCUUCCUGGACGAGUCACGGUCCACACAGUUCCUCAAGGAGUACCAGCAGGAAUUCAUGUUCAAUGAGGUCACCGAAGACGAAAUGGAAACUACAUGAGGACGGUGCCGGAGCAGUUUCCCUUGACACAUUUCCAGGUCUUAAGCUGUUCAGAUUCAUUGUCACCUUCCCCCAAUUUGCAAACGCGCACCCAAACUUGCAGCCACGUUGUAGUUCUCGUACUUCAAAUCACACAAGUCUAGGCUUCGUAAACCCACUUCAAAACUGUUGUCCUCUGGUCGCCGUUUGUAAAUAAUUCCUUAUGAAUCACUGCUUCAGUGUCUAUUUUUCAUUUCUGUAUAAAAUGUAAGCAUUCCAUCUUUUUUAUACCCAAAAAAUGUAUUCUUUGCCCGUUUCCCUUAUUUUUUUUCAAGUAUUGUGUCAGAUUAAUCUUCUGGCACUUAUUUGCUAGUAGUUUGUUAAGUUAUUUGAAUCUGCACACAAGAAAAAGGACGUAUUUGCAAGGUUUGAAUAACAUCUAGUAUCCCAAGUUUCUGUAUUAAAAUAGGUCUCUCUCAAAUGACGCCACUUCCUACAGAUUGCCACGUGCAUCGUCAUUUUGGGCGCCCAAUUCUCGUGACGUGCAUCGUCUGCGCCGUAU